AUGAGCCCUGCUCCGUCAGAGGACCAGGCAAAACUUCUAGAUGAAGUUCUAAACGUUGUGAAGGUUCAAGCUCAUCUAAUGAAGAAAUGUUUGGAGAAUAACAAGCUUAUGGAUGGGUUGAAGCAUUGCUCUAACAUGCUUGCCGAAUUGAGAACUUCCGCUUUGACUCCCAAGAACUACUAUGAACUCUACAUGUCAAUAUUUGACGCCAUGAGGCACUUAACAGCUUUCUUAACAGAAGCUCACACUUCUGGGCGCCAUCACCUUGCUGAUUUAUACGAACUUGUGCAGUAUGCUGGUAAUAUCGUUCCUCGUCUCUAUUUAAUGAUAACUGUCGGCUCAGCUUACAUGAGUAUGCCUGAUGCUCCUAUUCGUGAAAUUAUGCGCGAUAUGAUGGAAAUGACCAGAGGAGUUCAGCAUCCCGUCCGUGGUUUAUUUUUGAGAUAUUACUUGAGUAGUAUGACCCGUGAUUAUCUUCCUAUUGGCGAGAAUUCUGGUCCUGAGGGCAAUCUUAGCGAGUCAAUCAACUUUAUUUUGAUCAAUUUUACCGAAAUGAAUAAGCUUUGGGUUCGUUUGCAGCACCAAGGCCAUUCAAGAGACAGAGAGAAGCGCGAAGCAGAACGUAAAGAAUUACGAAUUCUUGUAGGAACUAAUCUUGUUAGAUUAAGUCAGUUAGAAGGUGUUGACCUGCAGACAUAUCAAAAGGAUAUUUUGCCAGGAAUCUUGGAUCAGGUUGUCAGCUGUCGUGAUGUUAUAGCUCAGGAAUAUCUUAUGGAAGUUAUUACUCAAGUCUUCCCCGACGAAUUCCAUCUACGUACACUCCAACCUUUCCUUUCUGCUACUGCCCAAUUGCAUCCUAAAGUAAAUGUGAAGCAGAUAAUCAUCUCUUUAAUUGAUCGCUUAGCUGCCUUUGCAAACCGUGAAAAUGAAAACGAGGAGAGCAGUGAAUUUUUAAAACAAAGAGAGGCGAAUAUUCGACGAAUUGCCAAUGCUAGAAAAAGAAGUCUACAAGGCCUGGAGCCUGAAGAGACUGAGGUAAAUAGCGAUGUUGCGCCAGAAACAGCUCAGUUAGAUGAAAACGACACCGAAGAAAAAACUGAUGAAGAGGGCAACGAUGAAAAUAAAGGUGAAGGAAAGGAGGAAGCCACGGAACUCAACGAAAAUGAGGAAAAAGCUGAAGAAGUACCCUCAGAGAAAGAUGAGAGCAACUUGCCUGCUGGUAAUAAUAUCCAAAAGGAAGAUGAUUUGAAGAAAAAUCGCGGUAUCCCUGAUGAUGUUGAACUUUUUGUCGUCUUUUGGGGUCAGAUUGUUGAACUGGUGAAGGCUCGUCCAGAUCUCACAAUUCAAGAUUUAACUGCCUUGUUGGUUUCGUUGAUCAAUCUUUCAUUAUCUUGUUACCCUGAGAAGUUGGACUAUGUCGAUCAAAUCCUUGCGUAUGCUAAGGAUAAAGUCCUCGAAUUCAACGAUUCACCUGACCUUCAUUCCAAACCUACUGAACAGAAUUUAUUAUCUUUACUGUUAGCACCAAUUCAGUAUUACAGCUCAGCAUUAUAUUUAUUGGCUUUAGCCAACUAUCAACCUCUACUGGUCCUGCAACCUUAUUUCACCCGCCAAUCAGUAGCUUACGCUAUUGUGAAUCACGUUUUGAAAAAUAGCACCGUCAUUGACAUACCCGAAGAUGUCCAUGGUGUUUUAGAUCUAUGUGAUGUACUAUUACGCGAUCAAAAAGAUGCGCCAUCAGCAGCAUUGAUGGUACCACAGGCUAAUUAUGGCACCAUGCGUCACAAGGCUAAUGAUUUGAGCUUUGAGCAAGAAGAAUAUAUUGAAAAACAAGGCCUACUCGCGAGAAUGGUCCAUUUGUUUAAAUCAAGCAGUGAGGAUACACAGUUUUUGCUUUUGUCGGCUGCUAGAAAGCAAUUUGGUGACGGUGGUGACAGAAUCCGAUAUACCUUCCCCCCACUGGUCAUAACCGCUGUAAAACUUGCGAGACGGUAUAAAUUCCAAGAAGAACAAGACGAAGUUUGGGAAAAGAAAACCGCAGCACUUUUCCGUUUCAUACACCAGGUUAUUUCAACACUGUACAACAAAUGUGAAUAUGCUGAUACAUGUCUCAAUUUGUUUCUUCUUGCUGGACAAAGUGCUGAUGAAUGUGGCUUCGAAGAAAUCGCCUACGAAUUCUUUGUUGAGGCAUUCACUAUUUAUGAAGAAUCUAUAUCUGAUUCAAAAGCACAAUACCAAGCCAUCACUUGCAUAGUGGGCGCAUUACAACAGACACGUGUCUUCUCUGCCAAUAACUACGACACUUUGAUAACUAAAGCUGCUCUACAUAGUGGUAAGCUUUUGAAGAAACCUGAUCAAUGUCGUGGUGUUUAUUUGUCCUCUCAUCUUUGGUGGGCUACUGACCGUGCUAUCAGUGACGCCGAUAUAUCCGAUAAUGAAAAAUCAGGUCUGUUUAGAGAUGGUAAACGUGCUCUUGAAUGUCUGCAGAAGGCAUUAAAGAUAGCAGAUAGUUGCAUGGACCCUGUUACAAAUGUCGAAUUGUUUGUUGAAAUUUUGAACCGUUACAUUUAUUACUUUGAAAAGAACAAUGAAGCUGUAACCGUUAAAUAUCUGAAUGGUUUGAUUGAUUUGAUCAAUUCAAAUCUCAGUAAUAUGGAUAAUCCUGAUCAACAUCCUCCUACUGCCAAUUCUUCCUCACUCGUAGAACAUGAUGGACCGGCUUCUGAAUAUGUUCGCCGUCAUUUCCGUGCUACACUUUUGCAUUUGCAAAAUCGUAAAGAGCAAUCAUUACGUACGGAAUCUCAACAUGGUCCAAAAUAUGAUGAACUAGAGCUUGUUGAUAUUUAG